CGUAAACUCGAGUGUAUAAUCAGCUGGUAAAUUGCGCGAAAAACAAAAACCCAUCGUCGUAUCGAUAACGUUUGUGAACACGUAAACGAUCAUCGAAGCUGAAAGUAAAACUGUAAGCCCACAUCCCUAGCCGUGCCAGUGUAGAAUGUCCGCAGUCUCCAGCAACGAUGACGUUCGACAUUGAAAGGAAGCGCCUCGAGAUGUGCUGUGUCUACGGGAACGACGCCAACAAUGGCACCCCCGCCAAAACGAGCGAACGCAAGCGGAGGAAAAGUUCGACUUCGUCGGAACAGUCAUCCUCGAGGCAUCGGAAACGAUCCGAAAGUUGUUCGGUGCCCCCGGAUCAGCGGUGGUACGCGCAGCACCUGAAAUGGCAUGUUUUUAUCAUGUUCGCAAGUGGUCUCAUAUUUUCGUCAGUGAUGUUUGGCGUGUUGAACUUUGGCCCCGGACCUAUCCAGCAUCAGGCGGGUCUCCGCCGAGUCGGUUCCGAAGGUGGUGGACGAGCCCUGUACGCCCCGCGUCACCUACCCGAUGGAGCGCUGCUCAGAUUGGCGGACGAAUCGCGCGUCAUGGAACCGUACAUGCCAGCACACAAGUUGUCCGCACCGUCGAGUACACGAUCGUCCGAGGAAACUCAGCAAGAUCAGCAAGCUAACGAACAGGAAGCACUUGGCUCGUUGAAGAUGGCUCAAGAAAUGAAAAAUCUUGGAAAGGACGAUAAGGCACUGCGAUUGUUUCAACACGCGUUGGCCCUAUCACCGAAGCAUCCGGAAAUUCUCACCAAGUACGGUGAAUUUCUCGAGCACAAUCGGCAGGAUGUGGUAUCGGCCGACCAGUACUACACGCAAGCGCUGACGGUCAAUCCGUACUACUCGGAAGCCCUGGCCAAUCGGCAACGGACGGCACAGAUCGUAGAGCAGAUGGACGCCAAGCGGUUCGAGGCGCUGGACCGCAAGCGGGACGCCCUCAGCUCGAUCCAUGCGUCCAAUAUGGCCCUAAAGCGAGCGGAAAAGGAGGCAUACAUCCAACAUAUCUAUCAUUCGGUCGGAAUCGAGGGUAACACGAUGAGUCUGGCGCAAACACGCUCCGUCCUGGAAACACGGAUGGCGGUCGAUGGGAAGAGUAUCGACGAGCACAACGAAAUCCUCGGUCUCGAUGCAGCGCUCAAGUACAUUAACGCGACGCUGGUGAACAAAAACGACUACAUCACGCUGAAGGAUAUAUUGGAGAUUCACCGGCGGGUGCUGGGGCAUGUUGAUCCGAUCGAGGGUGGCGAGUUCCGUCGUACGCAGGUUUACGUCGGCGGUCACAUUCCGCCAGGACCCGGUGAUCUAGCGAUCCUCAUGGGCCGCUUCGAAAACUGGCUCAACUCGGAGCAGGUGUUCCUGAUGCAUCCGGUAAAGUACGCGGCCAUGGCGCACUACAAACUGGUACACAUCCAUCCAUUUAGCGAUGGAAAUGGGCGUACGUCGCGACUACUCAUGAACACGCUGCUGAUGAGGGCGGGUUAUCCACCGGUUAUUAUUCAGAAGCAGCAUCGGCACAAGUACUACGACUAUCUGCAGCUCGCCAACGAAGGAGAUAUCCGCCCGUUCGUUCGCUUUAUCGCCGAUUGCACGGAGCGCACGCUCGAUUUGUACCUGUGGGCCACAAGUGAACUAUCCAAUCCAAUCCCGUUGCUUGCGCAGGAAAGUAUGGAGGGCAUACCGUUGAUUAAUAGUUUUUACGACGAAGGAAGCGAUAGCGGAAGUGGUGCUGGAGAUACGAUACGAAUAGGAGUAAUUUGAUAUUGGCUUCCGAGUGCCCUGGCAGGAACAGUGGCAUUGAACCUAAUCCGUCAAGCGUCCGUUUGGAAUCUUUAUUUUAACGUGUAAAUAAUGUUGUCUCUAUUUUACGUUUCUUGCACCCGUUAGUAUUAAUAUUUAAAUCAUUUAUUGUUUUCGUGUUAUCAAGAUAAUUGUGCUAUGCGCGAACGAUCGUCAAUCAGCUGAUGCCAAUGUGAAAACUAGUGAAAGGAAACAGUCCGACCGCCGUAUUCCAUUUAAACUGAUUUCAGUUCAGCACAAAAAAAACACUAUAACCUAUUGUGAUGAAGUACGCACGCGAGGUGUUACGCCACCUCCAGUACAGUCAACAAACAGCUGCUUCGAAAGCAAAGUGUUUAUUUUUUAAGUAUCCCUCUUGAAUCCGAGUCUACCUAAGUACAUCGAUCUGUUGUUGAUGGUGAAAUAUUCCACGGUUUCCAGCUGCUGCGGUACUGUCUACCAAACACGAACGCAACAUAGUCAAUCAAACAAUAUGUAUGAGUCCUAUUUUGUACUGCUGUGAUGUUUUAGAAACUAAAAUGUUGGUAACUUAAAAAUAAACUAGCAAUUUUAAA